CCCGCUCUAUUUCUUAUAAAAACAGCGAACAAAGUGAGAGGCAAUACGAUAAAAUCCAUUUCUACUAGGGGGGUAGAACGAAAUGUGGGCGUCGAGGCAACAAAUGGGCGGGGCCCACCCUCUCAGAGUAGCAUUAGGCCCUCCCUUCAAAAGCACUCCGGCCUCACUGCGGCUCGUAUGUUCACAGUCCGCUGUUCGCAUUCCGUUCAUUGACAAACGGAAGUAAAAACUAUUUGUUUACAAAAAUUAUACUAAUCAUAAAGUCUUCACAACUUUUAGAGACUCAUAGUUGUUUGUGAUGGUAUUAAGGUGGAAAACUGAGUGAGAGUGCAGUGGCCGGUGUAGAGAGCGAUGUUUAACAUGGACGGUAUGAGCGGCAACCACCGCUGCCUGCCUGUGGAGAGCAGCAGUGUUGUCCCUGUGAGCCUGGGCGGGUCACCCACCUCCGCGAAUGGCUCGGAUUUGUUCCUUUACGAUGAUUCAUCCAUGUCGGAUGGCAGUCUAUACGCGAGCGACCAAGAGAACCUGUCUAUACCAAGAAAACGGUCAGAGUACCGGCGGCACCACAAGCGGCGCUCGCGCUGCCCGCAGCAGCAGAUCCAGCAGCGCCAGGCGGCCAACCUGCGCGAGCGCCGGCGUAUGCAGUCCAUCAACGACGCCUUCGAGGGCCUGCGCGCCCACAUACCCACCUUGCCCUACGAGAAGAGGCUCUCUAAAGUAGAUACUCUAAAACUGGCUAUAGGAUACAUCAGCUUCUUAGGCGAAUUAGUACGAGCAGAUCGCAACUCUCCUAGUCACAUGUUAACUGGCUCGGGCAAGAAACAUGAUAAUGAAGAACGGAAAAAAGUGGUAAUACGCGGAAACAACUUCCAGUCGCACUCCCUGUCUUGGUCGCGGCGGGGCGAGCGCCCGCCCGGCGGCCUGCUGCACGCCAAGAUUUGGAUCCCGGAGGACCCAAGGACUUUGACCAAAACCAGCGACAAAGAAGAACUAAGAUAGAUCUCUAUGCGAUCAAUAAGUACCUCGUACCUUAACUAUCUAAAGUUUAGUAGCGAUAGAUAUCUGCAUUGAUCUCAUUAUUAAUUAAACGUACGAGUAGGUAUAAUAAAUUAAUAGGAAGCAACAGAUGCACAGUUGAAAUUAAACUAUCCAAUUAAACUGUAUAUACUAAUAUAUUAUGUACAGUCAGUAGCAUAUAUAAGUAGCGGGUGUAGACUACACAGAACCAUCUCGGUCUCAAUUAUUUUUUAGGAUAAUUUCGAAUAUUUAUUCCGAUUUGGCCUUAGAUCCUAAUAAAACUUAGACGAACUGUACCUACCUAUUUCUAUUGUGAUUAUCGUCAAUUGUAUAGUCAUGUACGUAAUUUAGGUAAGUCCUCGUACUUUUAUAUUAAUAGUAGGUAUAUAUACUAAUGACAGAUUUAUCUUGUCGGAAGACUUUAAAAAAAAUAUGCUUUAUUAAUGAAACCCUAGAUUUCUUUUGAGACAAGAAGAUCUAACUGUAGGUACCUAUAGUCCCGCGUUAUACAAAGGUACCUAAUACCUAUAAUCCCUCGCUAAAGAUAGGUAAUGAAAUCAGACUAGCUAGAGUUGCUAUAAAAUGUCAAUAGAAAUGUAUAAUGAGUACAUAUUUCAAUAAAAUUGUGAAAGAUAAAGAAAAACGAAAUAAGUAUAAGGGUUAUCAUACGCAGCAUUAUGAUUGGCCACUUCGGUACUUACCUUUAAUGCAAUCUAUCUAGUCUUACUUAUAUUUUUACAAUUCUAUACUAUAAACUACUUUAUGUACGCAUAUUCGGUCUAUAGGUACAUGUAUCUAUAUUUAAUAAUGAAUACCUAUAAUUAAAAUAACAAAUUAGGUAAA